AUGAAAAAAAACAUAAUAAACAGACAUUUCUGCUGGAAUAUCAUCUUCUAUGAGGAGCUCAAGGGCCACUCCUAUGAGUGGACCAGUGACUGUAGCGACAUGGCUCCCUUCCUGGCCCGCUGCCACUCCUGCAGGGUGGAGAGCGGCUGCUGGAUGGUCUACGACCGCCCCAACUUCAUGGGUAACCAGUACUUUGUCAGGAGGGGCGAGUACGCCGACUACAUGAGCAUGUGGGGAAUGAGUGAGUGGGUCAAGUCCUGCCGCUUGAUCCCCAUGAUUACGGGACCCUACAGAACAAGGAUCUACGGGAGGGAGAACUUCAUGGGCCAGAUGAUGGAGAUCAUGGUCGACUGCGACCCUGUCACAGAGCACUACCACUGGUCCAGCGGCUUCAUGUCCUGCCAUGUGCUGGACGGCCUCUGGCCCAUGUAUAAACUACCCCACUACAGGGGCAGGAUGUGGUACUUCUGGCCUGUAGAGUACAGGCUUUUCAGGCACUGGGGUGGCAGAAGGUUCAUGGGAAAGAGGUGUAUCAUGGAUUCCUGGUACUGA